AUGGGUGACCGGGAGCAGGAAUCAGAAGCAGGGCACACCUCCCGGAUCCAGAUUAACCCCGGGAGCUUUCUGCACUGCCUCUCGGUUGUAGUCUGGAAGGAGGUGAGGCAGCUAUUCCUGUUGGCUGGACCAUUGAUCCUGUCGCAGGUGAUGAUUUACAGCCUGAACUUUAUCAGCUCUGCGUUCAGUGGACACCUUGGCAAAAAUGAAUUGGGUGCUGUGUCACUCGCAACAUCGGUGAUCAGCGUGACUGGUGUGGCUGUGGGCACGGGUCUGUCAAUGGCAUGUGACACUCUGAUAUCGCAGACUUAUGGCAGCAAGAAGCUGAGGCAGAUUGGGGUCAUUCUGCAGAGAGGUAUCCUUAUCCUCAUCAUCUUCUGCUGCCCCUGCUGGGCCCUCUUCAUCAACACGGAAAAAAUCCUGUUGGCUACCAAACAGGACCCCGAGGUGGCCAGGUUAUGCGGGCUUUAUGUGAAGAUAUUUAUCCCUGCUCUUCCUGCGGUUUUCCUAUACCAGCUCCAAGUGCGAUACUUACAGAAUCAGGGUAUAACGAUGCCACAGGUAUUCACUGGACUGGUGGCUAACGUUCUAAGUGCCCUGGUAAACUAUAUUUUCCUGAUCGUGUUGAAACUUGGAGUGGCAGGGUCUGCUUGGGCCAACGUGAUCUCGCAGUACAGCCAGAACAUCAUCCUCUUUACUUACAUUCGGUGCAGGAAACUGCACCUUCCAACCUGGGGAGGAUGGACAAUGGACUGCCUUCAGGAGUGGGGCCCUUUCUUGCGAUUGGCCAUUCCCAGCAUGUUCAUGUUCUGUAUCGAGCUCUGGGCCUAUGAAAUGGGAUCGUUCCUCGCAGGCCUCAUUAGUCAAGUCGAACUCGGGGCUCAGUCUAUCAUUUUCCAGGUGUUGACGGUUUUAUACAUGACGCACGUCGGGAUCGGGAUGGCAGCUGGUGUCCAUGUGGGCAUGGCUCUCGGAGGAGGUGAUCCACAGCAAGCUAAGAUCUCAGCAAUGACUGCUAUCAUUUGUUGUGUUGCCUUGUUCCUCAUGACGUUACUGCUGGGGCUUAAAGAUCUUGUAGCCAAAAUCUUCACCAGUGACCGGCAAAUUGUUGACCUGGUUUCCAGGACAAUACCAAUCGUGGCUCCUGUCCACCUGUCUGAUGCCAUCGGCUCGGUGACCAGUGGGAUUGUCCGAGGAGCUGGGAAGCAGAAGAUUGGAGCAGUUGCUAACCUCGUUGUAUUCUAUAUUGUUGGGAUCCCUGUUGGAAUCUCGUUGAUGUUUACCGCAAAGCUUGGAAUUCUGGGUAUCUGGUCUGGAAUGCUUGUCUGUGUGGUUGUACAAGCAACUUUCUUUCUGACAGUGAUUUACAGAAUGAACUGGAAUGAAGCAUCCAAUGAGGCUCUGGUUAAUGCAGGUGUGGUGCAAGAUGUGGAUGCCUCAAACAGUGCCUCUGGUGGUCAAGUGCGGGAUAUCUCAACAGAUGUGGACACAGGAAACAGAGCAGUGAAUCCAAUUCCUGAUGUUUGUCAAUCGGAACCACAGGUAAAGGAGCACCGGAUAACGGAUGAGGCUUCCACUGUGGACACUGGAGUUACUGUAGCCGGAGAAAUCCUGUCCACAAAACAACUGAUCAUUCGCCGUGGGCUAGUCUUCCUCUCAGGACCCCUGAUCCUGGGCAUUGGACUGGUUGUACACUUCACUCUCUCAAAGGACAUGUAG